CUCUGCAGUUGGGAAAACAAAGUGAGUUGUCUUGUUUCGACGACUCCUAAAAUUAGGAUAGCUUCGCGAAGGAGUCGCCGGCGGAAGCGGUGAGGCCCUGGUUUACCACACGGUGGCACUAAUGGCUUCUGAGCUUCCAACAAAUGGACACUUCUCUUGCGGACGAAACCGGGAAAUAGAUAGCCAUCCGCCGAUCACCACACAAUGCUGCUGCCAAUCUCCCAUCAUCGUCUCAACCGCCAUACCCAGCCAUCGCCAUGGCCGUGCCAUCCAGACCCCACCCUCGAUCCCCUCUCUUCAUCCGUCUCUUCGUCCCUCUACUGGCCUUGUUCUGCAUCGCCGCUCUCGUCUUCUUUGAGGUGGACAACUUGUCGCAGAUAAAGACAGUUGCAGGCCACAACCUGGAACCGACGCCAUGGCAUCAGUUCGAACCCAAGAGCCUCAACGAAUCGAGCCGGUACUCACUGGCUUCCAAGAUUAUACAAUGCUCGUACCUCUCUUGCCGAGGCAGCGAAAUCGGCGAUGUGCCUGCGCAGAAUCAAUCUGAAUUAAGCCACCAACCCGGGAAAUGCCCUGAAUUGUUUAGGUGGAUUCAUCAGGACCUGGAGCCUUGGGCUCAGUCCGGGAUAUCGUUAAGCCAUGUGAUGGAAGCUCAGAAGUAUGCUGCAUUUCGCGUGGUGAUUGUUGAGGGGAAACUGUAUGUGGACUUCUAUUAUGCUUGCGUGCAGAGUCGAUCAAUGUUCACGGUUUGGGGGUUUUUGCAGCUCCUUAGGAGAUACCCUGGGAGGGUUCCAGAUGUUGAUAUGAUGUUUGAUUGCAUGGACAAGCCCACCAUCAAUCGGACAGAGAAUCAGGCGAUGCCUUUGCCGCUGUUUCGGUAUUGCACCACGCCUAAUCACUUUGACAUCCCAUUUCCUGAUUGGUCUUUUUGGGGAUGGCCAGAGGUGAAUAUAGAAGCAUGGAGUGAAGAGUUUGAGAACAUUAAAAAAGGUUCGAAAGGACGAAGUUGGCGAAACAAGUGGCCUGUUGCAUACUGGAAAGGAAAUCCAGAUGUUAGUUCUCCUGUUCGUACCGAAUUGCUAAAGUGCAAUGACACCAGGAUGUGGAGGGCCCAAAUUAUGCGUCAGGACUGGAUUGCAGAAGAAGCAGGAGGGUUUGAGCAGUCCAAAUUAUCAAAACAGUGUGAUCAUCGGUAUAAGAUCUAUGCUGAAGGCUAUGCUUGGUCCGUGAGCUUGAAAUAUAUUCUGGCAUGUGGUUCUCUUCCCUUAAUAAUAUCUCCUGAAUAUGAAGAUUUCUUUAGCCGUGGUUUGUUCCCCAAGGAUAACUAUUGGCCUAUCUCUGCUGAUAACUUAUGCAACUCCAUAAAAUAUGCUGUUGAAUGGGGAAACACCCACUUAGAUAAGGUUGCGACAAUGGGACAAGCAGCACAGGACUACAUGGGAAGCCUAAGCAUGGAUAAGAUUUAUGAUUACAUGCUUCAUCUCAUAACAGAGUACUCAAAACUGCUAGAUUUUGAGCCCGACCCGCCUUCGUCUUCUAGUGAAGUGUGCGAUGAAUCCCUCCUCUGCUUCGCCGACAAGAAGCAGAGGCCAUUCCUCGAAAGGUCUGCUGCUUCGCCUUCGCCAGCGCCUCCGUGCAGUCUCCCGCCUCAUGAUAAGUAUUUCAUCAGCAGCUGGCUAGAGCAGAAGAGUAGAGUAAUAGAGGACGUGCAAAAUUUUUUGUAGCUGAGUGAGAAUUUGUUUCUAAAUAGGGACUGAAAAUUGAGCAUUUGUCACGCGCUCGUUAAAAUGAAACAAAUUUGCAGUUUCUACCAACACUUCCGCCAUGCCAUAGCU